AUGAUGGGCGGCGGACGACCCAGUCCGGACGCCGAGAGAUUCGACGUCUAUUCCAUCGGCUACCCGAAUGUCAGACCAUCUGAAAAGAUCAUCGGGCCGGCGGAUGUCCCGCGGUCGGCCGAACCGGCCACCAAAGAUCCGGCCUACAAAAGAUAUGCGCGGAAGCUAUGCGGUGGGGGUGACGACGGCGGCCGUGGUGGACGUAGACCAACCGUUGGCCAAGUAUCUCCGCCCGCCGCCACCGGUGGCCGUGCGUCAAAGUGCUGGGCGGCGGUGUGGAAAAGGCGGCCGCGGCCGUGCGGCCAGUGUUGUGGCCGAAAACGAUCGGCCUCCGUGAUGGCCUCCACUGCAGAGGCUGCGUCCGGCGGCCGACGACGUCUGAAAUGGUGGCGGCGGUGCAGCAAUAAGUUGUGCUGUUGCAGCGGCAAGCGGACCGUGACGAACAAGAAGAAACUCGCUACGGUAGCGUCGUCAUCCGACCAUUCGGUCGGUGCGCUCGGAAUCGCUCCGCCGACCAUGGCCGCCGACACGUUUUGCGGCAAGUUGAAAAGGCGGUCGCGUCGAUGCUGCUGCUGCUGCGGUUGGUGUUGCGGCUGGUGUGCCGUUCCCAAGUUCGUCAAGCGGAUCUGCUGCUGUUGCCGUGGCAAGUCUGCGACCUCGAAGAGCAAGUCAGCCGACUCGCAGAAGCGGUCCCUGUUCAAGUGUACCGGUUGCUGCACGAAUAUACCUAAAUUGGAUGCAGUUUUCGUUGAUCAUUCGUCCGUUAUGAAAGGUGCUAUACCAGUACUACCAGUAACACUGGCAUGGUUGUGUUUAGUGUUCAACGUCAUUAUUCCGGGAGCAGGCACGUUCUCCAGCGGGAUGAUGUGCCUGUGCAUCGGCAAGCCAAGAUUCACGGUCAACGACACCUUCCAGUCCAGGGUAGGCGCGUUCUGCGUGAACUUCGUCGUGGCCGCUGCUCAGCUGUUCACGGUGCUUUUCUGUUUAGUCGGUUGGGGAUGGAGCAUAUGGUGGGGUGUGAUAAUGCUCAAGAUGGCUAAGAAAUAUCAGAAAGUCAAAAUAAUUGAUCAACCCGUCGAAGCGCCCGUUGCCGUCGACCACAACCACCAGAUCUGA